AUGGAUAAAGCGUAUGCCCGGAGAGCGGUCACCUCCCCCACCCAGGGGUCCCACCCCACUCCAGCACUCCAGGGGUCCAACCCCACCACCCAGGGGUCCUACCCCACUCCAGCACUCCAGGGGUCCAACCCCACCACCCAGGGGUCCCACCCCACUCCAGCACUCCAGGGGUCCAACCCCACCACCCAGGGGUCCCACCCCACUCCAGCACUCCAGGGGUCCAACCCCACCACCCAGGGGUCCCACCCCACUCCAGCACUCCAGGGGUCCAACCCCACCACCCAGGGGUCCUACCCCACUCCAGCACUCCAGGGGUCCAACCCCACCACCCAGGGGUCCUACCCCACUCCAGCACUCCAGGGGUCCAACCCCACCACCCAGGGGUCCCACCCCACUCCAGCACUCCAGGGGUCCAACCCCACCACCCAGGGGUCCCACCCCACUCCAGCACUCCAGGGGUCCAACCCCACCACCCAGGGGUCCUACCCCACUCCAGCACUCCAGGGGUCCAACCCCACCACCCAGGGGUCCUACCCCACUCCAGCACUCCAGGGGUCCAACCCCACCACCCAGGGGUCCUACCCCACUCCAGCACUCCAGGGGUCCAACCCCACCACCCAGGGGUCCUACCACACUCUAGCACUCCAGGGGUCCAACCACACCACCCAGGGGUCCCACCCCACUCCAGCACUCCAGGGGUCCAACCCCACCACCCAGGGGUCCUACCCCACUCCAGCACUCCAGGGGUCCAACCCCACCACCCAGGGGUCCUACCCCACUCCAGCACUCCAGGGGUCCAACCCCACCACCCAGGGGUCCUACCCCACUCCAGCACUCCAGGGGUCCAACCCCACCACCCAGGGGUCCUACCCCACUCCAGCACUCCAGGGGUCCAACCCCACCACCCAGGGGUCCUACCCCACUCCAGCACUCCAGGGGUCCAACCCCACCACCCAGGGGUCCUACCCCACUCCAGCACUCCAGGGGUCCAACCCCACCACCCAGGGGUCCUACCCCACUCCAGCACUCCAGGGGUCCAACCCCACCACCCAGGGGUCCUACCCCACUCCAGCACUCCAGGGGUCCAACCCCACCACCCAGGGGUCCUACCCCACUCCAGCACUCCAGGGGUCCAACCCCACCACCCAGGGGUCCUUCCCCACCCAUUUUGAUUUUGAGCGCUGUUAUGUAACUUAUUCAUAA